AUGUGGUACUUCGUAGCGUGUUGCGUGGUGCUGCUGCUGUUAUGGCUUCACCUAGAUAAUUUAAAGCCAGCCAAUUUUCCUCCCGGUCCAAAAUGGUACCCGAUCGUGGGCAGUGCUCUCUCCAUCACGAGUGCACGCAACAAAACUGGUAUGCUGUGCAAGGCGGUCGAGCAUAUUGCCAGCGAGUAUCCCGAUCAUCGCGGCGUAAUUGGCUUCAAGAUAGGCAAAGAUAAAGCCGUAAUGGCAAUCAAUGCAGAGUCACUCAAGGAAAUGAUGAACAACGAAGACUUUGAUGGGCGACCGACCGGUUUAUUCUACGAAACGCGCACGUGGGGGCUUCGGCGCGGGGUUCUACUAACGGACGAACAGUUCUGGCAGGAGCAACGUCGUUUCAUCGUGCGCCACCUCAAAGAGUUUGGGUUCGCUCGCAAAGGCAUGACGGAGAUCAUUCAGAACGAAGCGGCACAGAUACGGAAGGACUUUGAACAACUGAUUGCACAAGGCAACGGGAAGGCUACGGUGCAGAUGCAGGGUGCCUUUUCCGUGUACGUCCUGAAUACACUCUGGCUGAUGAUGGCUGGUAUUCGGUACAGCAAGGAUAACAAAGAUUUAAGAUACUUGCAAUCGCUGCUACACGAACUGUUCACCAACAUCGACAUGAUGGGUGCUCUGUUCAGCCACUUCCCGUACCUAAGGUUUGUCGCACCAAGACUUUCAGGCUACCGACAGUUUGUGGAAAUACAUGAAUGCAUGCACAAGUUCAUCGGUGCCGAGGUGGAACGCCACCAGAAAAACUUCAAUCCAGACGACGAACCUCGCGACCUAAUGGACGUCUACUUGCGCACGCUCCAAAACAAUAACGCACCGUCCGAUAGUUUCUCCCGCGAGCAGCUGUUGGCCGUUUGUUUGGACAUGUUUAUUGCCGGCUCGGAAACGACCACCAAAACGUUGGACUUUUCCUUUCUGUACAUUGUGCGCAAUCCACACGUUAUGCGUCGGAUGCAGGAAGAAAUAGACGACAUCGUUGGCCGCAAUCGGUUGCCAACAUUGGAAGAUCGUGCCAGCAUGCCCUAUUGCGAAGCUACGACUCUUGAAGGGCUUAGGAUGUUCAUGUCGAAUACGUUCGGUAUUCCACAUCGAGCACUGAAAGACACCCAACUUUGUGGGUACAACAUACCCAAGGACACCAUGCUCGUUGGCAUGUUCCGCGGAAUGAUGCUGGAUGAGAACUUGUGGGAAAAUCCGACCGAAUUCAAUCCAGAACGUUUCCUGAAGGAUGGAAAAAUUCACAUACCCGUCCAAUACCAUCCGUUCGGGGUCGGCAAACAUCGCUGCAUGGGUGAGCUAAUGGCGAAAAGUAACCUCUUUCUAUUUUUGACAACAACGCUGCAGUCGUUCGAUCUCUUGGUGCCGGAGGGAGCACCCAUUCCGUCGGAUGUUCCAGUCGAUGGGGCCACACCUAGUGUGCGGAAGUAUCACGUGGCUAUUCGUCCUCGUUAG